GGAUGUUCACGGGCUAGCAAACACCUGCAGACAGAACGCGGGGAUAAAAUAUGAGUAGAAUGAAGGUAACGUAGACUAUCAUGUUGGUGGUCGGAAGUAUGGGUCAGUGGUAGUAGUCAGUAGUUGUGGUCAGUAGUAGUGGUCACUAAUGGUGGUCAGUGGUGGUGGCCAGUUGUGGUGGUCAGUGAUGGUGGUAAGUGGUGUUGGUCAGUAGUAGUGGACAGUAGUAGUGGACAGUAGUAGUAGUCAGUAGUAGUGGUCAGCAGCAAGGUCACUAGUAGUGGUGUAACGUGGAGGUCAUUAAUGGAGGUCAUUAGUAGCGGUCAUUAGUAGUGGUCAGACUUAGUGGACAUUAUUAGUGGUCUCUUGUAGGGUCAGUAGUAGUAGUCAUUAUUGGUGAUCACUAGUAGUAGUAAGUAGCAGUGGUCAGAAAGUAGCAGUUUUUAGUUUUGUCUGUAUUUGUCGUCAUUAUUAUUGGUGAUCACCUCUCUGUGCACUGUCCUUUAGAUUCCUUUCGACCCUACUAUUUGUGGGAUGAUACUUUGUAAUUUAAAAAACAAAGAUAAUUUAAAAAAUUUAACAUAAAAUCAUUAGGUUCAAGCUCAAAAUGUUCACAUUUCACGAGUUUUUCAAAAUGUGUUACAAAUCAUAAAUGUAUCUUUUCAAGAAAUAAACGUAAGUAGUUCUAUUCAUUAAAAAAAAAAAAGUUUGAUACUAAAAUAAAAUAUUAUGUGUAUAUUUUAAUAUAUUCGAAAUAAUUCUGAAAUGGGUCAAAAGUGAUAAAAAAGUUUCACUAUACAGAAAACGUCCAUAAAUGAAGUGUACAUUGGCGUACACACUACGGCGUACACGAUACGGCGUACACAAUGGGGAUAAAACACUCAGUCUAAAUAUGAUUAUUUACUUUUAAAUUUAAAAAUAAAGUUUAUUUGUUAACAUAGAUAUUGUUUACCUUGGUGUCGGCUGCAUAAAUUAAGCUUGCAUUACGUACCCGUCAUUGACCUAUUUCCCCCACCCCUCUCUUACCCCCACCCCAGAGUAGUCAAGGCAUCAUAUGUUGCGGUGGUUCCAAGUCGCAGCCUCAAAAAUAUAAAGGUGGUGAUGACAAGGAAGAUCAGUGUGCCACCAGCAUAGACUCUUACCGACCAAUCGUGUGCGACAAUCUCAAGUUGGUUCAAGUAAGUCUAGACCAUCACCAGGUGUAUAGGCUCUUCUCGGCCAAUGACGUGCGAUAAUCUCACGUUGAUACAAGUUAGUCUAGACCUGUACCUGACACAUAGACUCCUACCGGUCAAUCGUGUGCGACAAUCACAAAUUGGUUCAAGUAAGUCUAGUCAAGUACCAAUAAUGUGAGACAUAAUCCAGUAAUCGAUGACAGUACAAUAGUGCGACAAAAUCUGAAGUAAAAUCAAAUAGUAUAAAUAUUGACCAAUGCUUUGCAACAUUGAUUUUUUUCUUUAAAAAAAAAAACCCUGUCGUUCAUGAUAUGUAAGAAAGCUUCACACCUUGACAUGGAUACCUUACGAGAAAAUUUUAAAAUAACUGAAUCAGGAUAUGACUUAUUUUAUGAACGACAAACACAAUCCGGCAUGGAUCAUUUUUCUAUUGUAAAGCAAUUAAAAACUGCAAAGCGAAAUUAGAGUUUUGUUGUUUUUUAAAAUGUUUUUUUCUUGACAUUAACGUAAAAGUUUUAUGGAAGAGUUUUUUUUUUUUUUUUUAAAUAUGUCUUCUCUGUGAUACAGUUGCUUACAAAAAUGUAUUAUUUACACUCAGAUUCAGGUUGUGUUUCGACAUGGAGCAAGGACACCACUCAACUUCAUUCGGGGGUUGGAUGAGGUGAGUCGUUGAUUUGUAUCUUGUUUCCGCCUGGGUCGCUCAGGAAGUUCGCUUGAAACAGCAAUUCGCGCAAAUUAGUUGGCGGCGAUGAAUUAUCUGAAAAUCUGAUGGAUCUUUUCUAGAUAUUCUGAUAUAAAUAUUUACGAAAUCAUUUCCUCAGUUCUGAUAUGGAAUUUCUUUAAUUUGUGUGAUAAUUGAACUACUUUAAACACCAUACCUUAAACGCUCUUUAACCCUUUCUUCCGAUUUCGGUAAAAUCAUUCAGAAAUAAUUUUGAAUUGGCUUUUAAUGUAAUAUGGGAAAUUUAAAAAAAAUAUUUUAAAAAUCUGAAACAAAUUUAACAAUCUUGGUCCAUAAAUAUUGUUUGAUUUUACCUACACGUAAUUGAAUGCAAUUUAAUAACAACAACAAUUAAGCUUAAUACGCUACAUAAAAAAAAAAUUCAGAGUUUUUAUUUUUUUUUUUUUAGAAUGCACUUUUCCCUUGCAGGCGACGUACGAUGCAUCUUUAGAAGACUAUUUAGUGUUGUCCUUUCUAGAAUGUACUUUACCCUUGCAGGCGACGUACGAUGCAUCUUUAGAAGACUAUUUAGUGUUGUCCUUUCUAGAAUGUACUUUACCCUUGCAGGCGACGUACGAUGCAUCUUUAGAAGACUAUUUAGUGUUGUCCUUUCUAGAAUGUACUUUACCCUUGCAGGCGACGUACGAUGCAUCUUUAGAAGACUAUUUAGUGUUGUCCUUUCUAGAAUGUACUUUACCCUUGCAGGCGACGUACGAUGCAUCUUUAGAAGACGAACUGCAAGAGACUGACUUUGACUUGGAAGUUGUGAAAUUCGCGGAUGGUUCACCUGCAGGGAAGUCCACUAUGGAGCCUGAUCUUAGGGCAAAGAAAUUAAAGGUAGACGUUAAUGGGGGAGGCACACGGGAUUUGUCACCAACAACAUUAAACACAAUUCGUUGAAAACUGCGGUUAAAAAUAAAGCGAUGCGCGACUCUUCAAAAAUGUACAUUCAGCGAAGUUGGGUUUUUGCAGGGGAGAUAAAGUCUUAAAUUACCUCUUAAUCUUUAAAUUUAAGAUUUACUCCCCCUGAUUUUUAAACUAUGAUUCAAUUACACACGAGAUAUUACAAUGGUUGUUUUUUGUUUUUUUUUUUGGGGGGGGGGGGGGGGUGGGGGGGGGGGGGGGUUAACUGACUUUUUAAUAAAUUUUUUUGUUUGUUUUUUAAGGACCCGUGGUCUUUAUUUUGUCAAGGUUAGGAUAUAAUAUUCUUUAAUAAAAAAAAUAUAAAAAAAUUCCCGAAUAUCUAAAUGCCGACACAUUUUAUUGACCUACUUACCGAAGCCGGUAAUGAAUGCUGAUGUCAGUAGUUUAGACUGAAUGUUAGAGAAAAAAAGUCGAGCUCAAUGAAGCAUGUCACUUGUCAUCCAGGGUGGGGCUCACGCCUCGAUUCUUACAACAGUUGGGCAGAAACAGAUGUACGACCUGGGCGUGUUGUUACGUGACUGGUAUCUUCCUAUACUCCAUGUUAGCCGUUUCUCAACCCAUGAUGUCUAGUAAGUAACUUACUGUUGGAGGCAUGUACUUAAUUUUAUCCUAUCUCAACCCAUGAUGUCUAUUCAGUAAUUUACUAAGGGAGGCAUGUACUUCAUUUUAACCUUUCUCAACCCAUGAUGUCUAGUAUGUAGCUUACUGUUGGAGGCAUGUACUUAUUUUUAACCUUUCUCAAUCCAUGAUGUCUAGUAAGUAACUUACUUUGGGAGGCAUGUACUUAAUUUUAACCUUUCUCAACCCAUGAUGUCUAGUAAGUAACUUACUUUUGGAGGCAUGUACUUAUUUUUAACCUUUCUCAGCCCAUGAUGUCAAGUAAGUAACUUACUUUGGGAGGCAUGUACUUAAUUUUAACCUUUCUCAAUCCAUGAUGUCAAGUAAGUAACUUACUUUGGAAGGCAUGUACUUAAUUUUAACCUUUCUCAACCCAUGAUGUCUAGUAAUUAUUAUAUAGUGGGAGACUUGUAUUCCACAUUAGCCGUUUCUUAACCUAUGGUGUGUAGUAAUUAAAAUAUUGUGGGAGGCAUAUACUCCAUGUUAAUGCAUGAUGUCUAGUAAGUAACUUAUUGUGGCAGGUAUGUACUUCAAGUUAAAACAUGUCUAAUAGGUAACUUAUAACAUUAAAUAACAUUACAUUAUUUAAUUUAUCCGAAAAAAUGGAAAUGUUUCUUGAUUUCAUUGUACAUUUUCAGAACAUAAAUAAAAUAAUUUAAACACAAGACAUCCACAUUAAAUUAUUUAAGUUGUGAAAAAAAAACAGCCAUUCAGUGAAUUCCCUUAGCCAUAUCAGGGACUUAUUGUGCUGGCUUGUAUUGCAUGUUAAACCAUGAUGUCUAGUAAGUAACUAAUUGUGACAGGCAUGUUAAACCAUGAUGUCUAGUAGGUAACUAAUUGUGACAGGCAUGUUAAACCCUGAUGUCUAGUAGGUAACGAAUUGUGACAGGCAUUUUAAACCAUGAUGUCUAGUAGGUAACUAAUUGUGACAGGCAUGUUAAACCAUGAUGUCUAGUAGGUAACUAAUUGUGACAGCCGUGUUAAGACCACGGCGUCUGUUUCUUAACCUAUGACGACUUUGAUGUUAUUUAUUGUUGCUGGGCUUUUUCUUUAAACUUUCUCUCAGAAUGUGUCUCAAAAAUGAAAUGUUGCAUUAAUUUUAGGCGUACACAAAAAAAUUAGUAGGGUCGGGGGCUAUAAGCGAACCAUGUUUUCCAUUUAUGGAGGAAAAUAAACACCCAAUAUAAUAUGUUCUGUUUAAUGUUACAUUAGAGGUGUCUAAAGGGACUCUACCUUGAUGGUUAAUGAGACUGUUGUUUAAUGUUACAUUAAUGGAGUCUAAAGGGACACUACCUUGAUGGUUAAUGAGACUGUAACAUGGUGAUUAAGUGAAUGCAGUUUGAUUCUAAUUGGACACUUAAAAUCACUUUUUGAUGAAAAAAGUCAUGGCCUGUGCAGGUCAUGUAAUUUUAAUCUGACUUAAUGCUCCCAUUACUUUAGACAACACGGUCUAAUAGUUUUCAGAAUAGCUUGAAUGAUUUUGGACGUAAAACUAAACGCCAUCCAGAUAUUCACCAUUUGAAUUCUUCUUUUUUUUUUUUUUAUUCCCCAAAUCUCGCAUUCUUGUGGGGGUCACUAGUGUCCGGUCAUCCCACGUGGAGCGGACGAUAAAAUCAGUGCGAUGUCUGCUGGCCGGUAUGUUUGGGAAGGAUCACCUCAACGAAGUCGGUAAGGAGGGAACUAGAACUCAUAUUUAA